CUGUGCCACCAUGGAAGUCCCACUAACUUGUUUUGUUUUUUGUUUUUUUUUUACAUCUUUAUUGGAGUAUAGUUGCUUUACAAUGGUGUGUUAGUUUCUGCUUUAUAACAAAGUGAAUCAGUUAUACAUAUACAUAUGUUCCCAUAUCUCUUCCCUCUUGCGUCUCCCUCCCUCCCACACUAACUUGUUUUAAAAGCAAAAACUCUCCCUCCUGUUGGAAGUCUGCUGCGCUAAAGAAAACAUGAUCAGUUUCUUCUCUAAUUCCUCAACCUCUAUUUUGUCCCCUCUUUACUCCCUCUAGAUUGAUAGUCUGCAGCUGGAAUGGAUUGGGAGCUGGAAAAGAAAAGUCAGGGACAAGAAGAGGCUAACAUGACUGGUACCGUUAUAAUUUAGUGAACCGCCCCUUUUCUAAAGAGGAGCCCAAAGGAAGACUGGUCAUCUCUUGCAGAUCUCAAAACCAUGGCUCAGUGUUUCACCCCUUAUACAUCCUGCUGCUUUUUGUUAACUCCAGCUUCUGACACCUCAGUCCAUUAAGGCUUCAGUUUUCUUCUGCUUAAGCUAUGAGCAGGUUGUGGAAUGCUGUUAAUCAAAAAUGCAGAAAUCUCCAAAUCUCACUAGGGAUCAGUGUCAUUCAAAGAUGUGACUGUGGACUUUAGUCAGGAGGAGUGGCAGCACCUGGAUCCUGCUCAGAAGAUGCUAUACAUGGAUGUGAUGUUGGAAAACUAUUGCCACCUCGUUUCUGUGGGGUGUCACAUGACCAAGCCUGAUGUGAUCCUCAAGUUGGAACGAGGAGAAGAGCCAUGGACAUCAUUUACAGGUCAUACCUGUUUAGAACAAAAGUGGAAAGCUGAAGACUUUUUAGUGAAAUUCAAGGAACAACAAGAUAAAUUUUCUAGAUCAGUUGUAUUAAUCAACCACAGAAAACUGAUUAAGGAGAACAGUAGUGCAUAUGAAAAGACAUUUACUUUAAGCAAAAACCCUAUUAAUUCAAAAAACCUACCUCCUGAAUAUGACACUCAUGGAAAGAUUUUUAAAAAUGUUUCAGAAUUAAUCAUCAGUAAUCUAAGUCCUACAAGAAAGAGACUUAGUGAGCAUAAUGGAUAUGGGAAAUCACUCCUCAAUACUAAGCCAGAGACAGCUCACUCUGGAGGCAAAUCCCAUAAUCAGUGUGGUAGGACUGUCAGUCAUAAUGAAAUGAUUAUGCAAUAUCAUGAGAUAGAAACUUCAGCACAGUCAUUUGGAUAUAAUGACUGUGAGAAAUCCUUCCUUAAAAAAGGAGGCCUAAUUACACAUAAUAGAGCUUACAGAAGGGAAAAACCAUCUGAAUAUAAUAAAAGGAGAAGAACAACCAAUAUUGAAAAAAAGCAUAUAUGCACUGAAUGUGGGAAGUCCUUCUGCAGGAAAUCAGUAUUGAUUCUGCAUCAGGGAAUUCACACAGAGGAAAAACCCUACCAAUGUCAUCAAUGUGGAAAUUCAUUUAGAAGGAAAUCAUAUCUCAUUGAUCAUCAGAGAACUCACACUGGAGAGAAACCCUUUGUUUGUAAUGAAUGUGGUAAGUCCUUCCGCCUAAAGACAGCCCUCACUGAUCAUCAGAGAACACAUACAGGGGAGAAAUCAUAUGAAUGUCCACAAUGUAGGAAUGCCUUCAGAUUGAAGUCACACCUCAUUCGUCAUCAGAGAACUCACACAGGAGAGAAACCAUAUGAGUGUAAUGACUGUGGGAAGUCUUUCCGCCAGAAGACAACACUCUCCCUACAUCAGAGAAUUCAUACAGGAGAGAAACCCUAUAUUUGUAAAGAAUGUGGGAAGUCCUUUCACCAGAAGGCAAAUCUUACUGUACAUCAGAGAACUCAUACAGGGGAAAAGCCCUAUAUUUGUAAUGAAUGUGGGAAAUCCUUCUCUCAGAAGACAACCCUCGCUCUUCAUGAGAAGACUCAUAAUGAAGAGAAACCUUAUAUUUGUAAUGAGUGUGGAAAAUCCUUCCGCCAGAAGACAACCCUUGUGGCACAUCAGAGAACACAUACAGGGGAAAAAUCCUAUGAAUGUCCUCACUGUGGGAAGGCUUUUAGAAUGAAGUCGUACCUCAUUGAUCAUCACAGAACUCACACAGGAGAGAAACCAUAUGAAUGUAAUGAAUGUGGGAAAUCCUUCAGUCAGAAGACAAAUCUCAAUCUACAUCAGAGAAUUCAUACAGGAGAGAAGCCCUAUAUUUGUAAUGAGUGUGGGAAGUCUUUUCGCCAGAAAGCAACCCUCACUGUACAUCAGAAAAUACAUACAGGGCAGAAAUCCUAUGAAUGCCCUCAGUGUGGGAAAGCCUUUAGCAGGAAGUCAUAUCUCAUUCAUCAUCAAAGAACUCAUACAGGAGAGAAACCAUACAAGUGUAAUGAAUGUGGGAAGUGCUUCCGCCAGAAGACAAAUCUCAUUGUACAUCAGAGAACUCAUACAGGGGAGAAGCCUUAUAUUUGUGAUGAGUGUGGUAAGUCCUUCAGUUAUAAGAGAAACCUUAUUGUCCAUCAAAGAAUUCACAAGGGAGAAAACAUGGUAAUGCAGUAAUAAAUGAUGUGAUUUCUUUGUGAAGCCUUUCUAAGUUAUUGUAAAACUUUAGUUUUUUAAAAAAGCAUGCUUAACAUGUGAAUAAGGUAAUUUUAAUCACAAAUGUAAUAAUAAUUAUUAACUUAAUGUACUAUACCACAUAACUAUUUAUCUACUGUUUACUAGCAUAUGAAAUGGAUAUGAUCAUUGAUAUUGAACUCUUAUCAGCAAUGAAGCUAAUUUUUUACGUUUUCAAGUUCUCCUGCUGACUCAGUUUAUUUUUUUAAUUCUUAUAUAAUACAUGCAGAAGCAAGAUACAAAGUGGUUUUAAGUAUCAGUCUCCAUAAGAGGAAGAAAUUAUGAAGUAUAUUUCUCAUUGCACUCUGCGGAAUAAAAGUUAGUUGUUACUUCCCCAAAGAUUACCACUUCUCUGGCUUUUAACAUGAAAUAGUUUUUGCAUGUCUUUAAACUUUAUAUUUUAUUAUACAUUACAAAUUUUUUGUCUUGUUUCACUCAACAUAUUAAAGAUUCAUACAUUAUUGCAUGUGGCAGUAGUGUAUUCAUUUUCAUUCUGUAUACUCUUCCAUUUUAAGAAUAUA